UUUUGCCAAAAGGCCAGUUUGAUUCGGAUCACGGAUUGGAGUCCAGGCGGAGGACAUGAAGUUCCUGCUGAAGAAAUGCCUGCGCAAGAAGGCCCCGGAGAUGAAGCCAGGGGCCAUCUUGGAUGCCGUCAUCUCCCAAUCCUCGGCCACCGCCUGCAAGUGUCUGCUCUACAAAUUGGCGGAUUAUAAGAGGGGCGGCGACCUCAUCGACGCCAUAAAUUCCGGCGGACUGAUCGCCGUGGAGCAGCUGAUCCGCGAGCAGUUCGGGGUGUUCAUGUACAACGACGGCAAGGGCCAGGUGAUCAACCGGGCGGAGUUCCUGCGCUGGAAGUACCGCGACCACACCGAGGUGACCAUCCCCAUCGAGGCGUCGCUGUCCAUCCACGAUCCGCUGGGCAAGUGGGAGGACCACAAGGCCUGCUGGCAGAUGCAGUACCGCGGCGCCCUGGGCGAGAGCCUGCUCCACGUGCUCAUCAUCUGCGACUCCAAGGUGCACACGAAGCUGGCGCGGGUGCUGCUGCGCGUGUUCCCCAACCUGGCGCUGGACGUGAUGGAGGGCGAGGAGUACCUGGGCGCGAGUGCCCUGCACCUGUCCAUCGCCUACAGCAACAACGAGCUGGUGGCGGAUCUGAUCGAGGCGGGGGCGGACAUCAACCAGCGGGCGAUCGGCAGCUUCUUCCUGCCGCGCGACCAGCAGCGGGCCCAUCCGGCCAAGAGCACCGACUACGAGGGACUGGCCUACAUGGGCGAGUACCCGCUGGCCUGGGCCGCCUGCUGCGCCAACGAGAGUGUCUACAACCUGCUGGUGGACUGCGGCUCCGAUCCGGAUGCCCAGGACUCCUUUGGCAACAUGAUCCUCCACAUGGUGGUCGUCUGCGACAAGCUGGACAUGUUCGGCUAUGCCCUGCGCCACCCGAAGACGCCGGCCAAGAACGGCAUCGUGAACCAGACGGGCCUGACGCCGCUCACCCUCGCCUGCAAGCUGGGACGAGCGGAGGUCUUCCGCGAGAUGUUGGAGCUCUCCGCCCGCGAGUUCUGGCGGUACAGCAACAUCACCUGCUCGGGAUAUCCUCUAAAUGCAUUGGACACACUUCUGCCGGAUGGGAGGACCAAUUGGAACUCCGCUCUGUUUAUCAUCCUGAAUGGAACAAAGCCGGAGCAUCUGGACAUGUUGGACGGCGGCAUCAUCCAGCGCUUGCUGGAGGAGAAGUGGAAGACGUUCGCGCAGAACCAGUUCCUGAAACGCCUCCUCAUCCUGUCCACCCAUCUGCUGUGCCUCUCCGUGUCGGUUUACCUGCGACCCGCCCACAAUGGCGAGGACGAGGGGGAAGACUCCGAGGGAUCCGAUUCGUCGGCAGCCGCUCUGCAGGACUUGGAGGCGGGCGACGGAGGCGAUGGCGAUGGCGACGGUGGCGACUACAAUGCCCAAACGGUGGCGCGAUAUUGCGCCGAGUUCGCCACUCUGGCCGGAGUUCUCAGCUACGUCAUCUUCCAGCAGGGCGACGAGAUCAAGAACCAGGGAUUAUCCGCCUUCCUCAAGCAACUGUCCCAUGCCCCAGCCAAGGCAAUCUUCCUGUUCUCCAACUUGCUGAUCCUGGCCUGCAUUCCGUUCCGUCUGAUCGGGGACACCGACACCGAGGAGGCCAUCUUGAUCUUCGCUGUUCCGGGCUCCUGGUUUCUGCUAAUGUUCUUUGCCGGCGCCAUUCGGCUGACGGGUCCCUUUGUGACCAUGAUCUACUCCAUGAUCACGGGCGACAUGUUCACCUUCGGCAUCAUCUACUGCAUUGUGCUGUGCGGAUUCUCGCAGGCCUUCUACUUCCUGUACAAGGGACACCCCCAGGUGCAGUCCACCAUGUUCAACACGUACACCAGCACCUGGAUGGCCCUCUUCCAGACCACCUUGGGCGACUAUAAUUACCCCGAUCUGAACCAGACGACGUACCCGAACCUCUCCAAGACCGUGUUCGUUAUCUUCAUGAUCUUCGUGCCCAUCCUGCUGCUCAACAUGCUGAUCGCCAUGAUGGGCAACACCUACGUGACCGUGAUCGAGCAGUCGGAGAAGGAGUGGAUGAAGCAGUGGGCCAAGAUCGUGGUCACCCUGGAGCGGGCGGUGCCGCAGGCGGAUGCCAAGGGCUAUCUGGAGGCCUACUCCAUUCCGCUGGGUCCCUCCGACGACUCCGGCUUCGAGGUGCGCGGCGUGAUGGUCAUCAAGAGCAAGAGCAAGACCAGGGCCAAGCAGCGCAAGGGCGCCGUCUCCAAUUGGAAGCGCGUGGGCCGUGUGACGCUGACGGCGCUCAAGAAGCGCGGAAUGACCGGCGAGGAGAUGCGCCGCCUCAUGUGGGGCCGGGCCUCCAUCUCCAGUCCCGUGAAGGUCACCAAGCAGAAGCUCAAGGAUCCCUACAACCUGCACACCGACUCGGACUUCACCAACGCCAUGGACAUGCUGACCUUUGCCAACGAUCCGGCCUCCUCGAAUGGCAUUGCCCUGCGCACGGUGACGGCUCCUCCGCCGGCGCCUCCCGCACCGGAUCCCUUCAGGGAGCUGAUCAUGAUGUCGGACCAGCGGCCGGAGACGCACGACCCCCACUACUUUGCCGGCCUGCAGCAGCUGGCCAACAAGGCCUUCGACUUGGUGGAGCAGACGAUGAAGACGCAGCCACCGGCACCGGUGGUCAAGAAGAUGGAUCCGCUGCCAGACGUUCCGAUGCCCGCUGCUCUGGCUCCGGCUGCUCCAGCUGUGGCCCCACCCGACCUAAUGGCCAUGCCCCUGCCCAUGUCCAACCUGAGCAACCUGUUCCAGGACCCCAAGGACAUUGUGGAUCCCAAGAAGCUGGAGGAGUUCAUGGCCAUGCUGGCCGAGGUGGAGACGGAGGAGAGCGACAGCGGCGGUCCCAUUCUGGGCAAGCUCUCUCUGGCCAAGCGGACCCACAACGCCCUGUCCAAGGCGGACAUCCGACGGGAGCAGCAGGGAUUCGAGGGUCACAGCCACGGCCAGUUCCAGCCGAUGUCUUCGGUGUGGGCGCCACCUGGCUUGGAUGUGGAAAUGGGCCUCCACUUCGACGAGGCCGUGGCGGAGGAGGUGCUGACCAUCGAACAGGAGGCCGAGGUGGAAACGGAGGACGGCAACGGGGGACAGGACAGCGAGGAGCUGCCCACGGCGGAGGAGGUGCACGCCACCAUGAAGCAGUUUCACCUGCGCAAGUGCCAGCCAUCGCAGGACGAGGCCGCUCGCCGGGCCAAAAGUGCUCGCGUUCGUCGCCGCAACAAGGUUUCCCCCGAGGAAAGUGACGAGCCAGAGGAGCAGCGCAGCCAGCGGGGUCGAUCGGCCUACGCCCGAAAGACGCAAUCGCCGCCCGAUCCCCUGGAGCCGUGGAGCACCCGCGAGCUGCAGGACAUCAACAAGAUCCUGGCCAGAAAGUGAACACACACAACACAGCAAU